AUGGCAGAUGCUGGGGUUGUCUGUAAGCAGUUAGGAUGUGGAGUUGCUCUCAGUGCCCAUUUUUAUGCUCAUUUUGGAGAAGGAUCUGGACAGAUAUGGCUGGAUAACACUGUCUGUCGUGGACGCCUUGAGCCCCAGCUGAUUGGAGGGAACACUGCCUGCUCAGGACGUGUUGAAAUAAGACACGGAGACACAUGGACCACAGUCUGUGAUUCACACUUGGACCUCCAAGCCGCCAGUGUUAUCUGUAAUGAAUUAGAUUGUGGAACAGUUGUAUCCACCCCAGGAGGAGCGCACUUCAGUGAAGGAUAUGGGUCAAUCUGGUUUGAGAAGAUCCAUUGCUUGGGGAAUGAAACACGCCUUGUGUACUGUCCCAGAGCACUGCAUCCUAAUGAGACAUGUUCACACUCGAGCGAUGCCAGCAUUGUAUGCUCCGGGUACGGCGGGUACAGACUGGCAAACGGCAGCACAGGGUGUUCGGGGAGAGUGGAACUUCUCCAUGGAGGCACCUGGGGAACCCUCUGUGACUCCCACCUCUGUGCCUCCCACUGGGAUUUGCAAGAUGCCAACGUCCUCUGCCAUCAGCUGAACUGUGGAUACGCUGAGUCGAUCCGGGGAGGAGCCCAUUUCGGGGAAGGGAACGGAACCGUAUGGAGCGACACUUUUCAUUGUGAAGGGACUGAAUCCUGCCUUUGGGAUUGUUCUCGCAUGGCCCUGGGCAACCCAGCCUGCUCCCGCCGAGACACGGCCAGGGUUAUUUGCUCAGGUCUUUCUGAGUCGCUCAGGCUGUUGAAUGGAGAGAGUCAGUGUGAUGGCAGAGUCGAGAUUUCCCUCCAUGACGUGUGGGGCAGAGUGUUGGAUGAUCAGUGGGACAUGAACGAUGCCAGUGUGGUGUGUAGGCAACUCCAGUGCGGAGUCGCUGAGAAAGCUUAUAACCCCCCUAUGUCUGAGCGAGGAAGGGGCCCCGUGGGGCUGAGAAGUGUCCGAUGUGGAGGAAAUGAGACUCGUCUGACUCUCUGUGACAACUCCACGUCUGAGUCAGCCCAGGCAGGAAUUGCUGAGGACGUCGGUGUCGUUUGCUCAGGGAGCAGGCGGAUCAGACUGGUGAAUGGGGCAGGUCGCUGUGCCGGGAGAGUGGAGAUUUAUUACAACGGCAGCUGGGGGACAGUCUGUGAUGAUUCCUGGGAUCUGUCAGACUCCAAUGUUGUUUGCAAACAACUGGGAUGUGGACGUGCCAUCAAUGCAACUGUCUCUGCUCAUUAUGGGCAAGGAUCCGGGCAGAUCUGGCUGGAUGAUGUGAAGUGCUCUGGGAACGAAUCCCAUCUCUGGGAGUGUCCUUCCAAAGGCUGGGGCCAGCACAACUGCAGACACAAAGAGGACGCGGGAGUUCUCUGCUCAGAAUUCACAGAUCUGAGGCUGGCGAGCGACAGUGACUGUGCUGGGCGGCUGGAGGUUUUCUACAAUGGGACGUGGGGCAGUGUUUGCUCCAAUGGGAUGUCUGGAGUCACCCCAGCGAUUGUCUGCAAACAACUGAACUGUGGAGAUGGAGGGCAGCUUGCAAGAGACUUUGCAUAUGGAGCAGGUUCUGGUCCCACGUGGCUGGACCAUGUUUCAUGCCGUGAGCAGCACAGCUCCCUCUGGCAGUGCCCGUCAGGCCUGUGGAAACAGCAAUCCUGUGAUAACCGAGCAGAAGAGACCCAUAUUUCUUGCAGUGGAAUAAAAGAAAAACCACCUCAGACCCUGUUUGGUGAAUGCCCGAACUCUACAAGCUGCACAGACCAGGAGAAGUUACGUGUCGUGGGAGGAGAGGAUGGAUGCUCGGGGAGAGUGGAGGUUUGGUACCGUGGCUCCUGGGGAACAGUUUGUGAUGACUCCUGGGACAUGGCAGAUGGUAAUGUUGUGUGUAAACAACUGGGCUGUGGAACUGCUGUAUCUGCCCCGGGCGAGGCUGUAUUCGGCGAGGGGACUGGUCCCAUCUGGGUGGAGAAGGUGAACUGCAGAGGGACAGAGUCAUCUCUCUGGAAGUGUCCUGCCAAGCCUUGGGGUGAGAGUAACUGUGACCAUAAGGAAGAUGCUGCUGUAAAUUGCUCAGGUGUGACAGAGACAUCAGAUUCACUGACUAGAACGGCUUCCCCGCGACGCCCUCAGACCGACAGUGGGAGAGUCACGGUGCCCAUGAUCGUCUGCAUUAUCCUGGGGGCCCUGCUCUGCCUGGUCUUAAUCAUCCUAGGGGCGCAGGUGCAAAGUGCCAGGGCACAGCGCAGAGGCUCCAGAAGAUCCCUGGACCCUUUCUCUGAGGCCGUGUAUGAGGAGAUUGAUUAUAACCUGAUGAGAAAGAAGCAGAUGUUUGGUCACUCAGUCUCCUUUUCAGAUGAUUCAGUGUCGAAGCUGCAGUAUUACACCGGGGAUAGUGCGGGGGAAAACGAUCCUGCAUCAGAACAAGAAGGAGCUUUCCCUGGUGGUUCUCAGUUGGAUUACAAUAAUGUGGAGGAACCUGCAUCAAGUGACAUCCCCCGGACUCCAGACGGUCAAGAGGUCCCUGUCCUGUCUACAGGUGCCCCAUGGGAUGGUUAUGAUGAUGCCAGAGAAGUUUCUAACACUGAAGAUGACCCUGCUUCUGGACCGAGUGCCCAGGAAGUCCCUGGGGCCCAUGGAGACAGUGACAGGAACAGAGAUGAUCAGACUGGCUGGAGUCUGCACUCGCUAAGAAGUGAAGGGGCCUCUGGGGCUGAGAGGGACGCCCUGUCCCCACCUCCUCAUGACCAGGGUUAUGAUGAUGUUGAUGAUGGCGCCUCUGGGACAUGA